UGCGUAUAAAUUAAAAUCGUUUUAUCAUAUAAAGUGAUAGAAAACAAAGUAUUGUUUUCGUCCGAAAUAUUACUUUCAGAGAAUUUUCAUAGAAAUUUUCAAAUUCAGUGAAAUGUGUUAGAUAUACAAAAUGGCUACGAUAUUAAUGCAAAGAGAUCUUGUUGUGACGCUGAAAAAGGAAACAAAUUUAAAUAUUGGAUUACUCAGCAAGCUACAUCCUAUGCUUCCAGAUUUAUCUCAUUUAAUAUUCAAGGAUAACGCUCUUGAUAAACCUACUCAGAAUUUAUUUAAUAAUUUAUCUUACUAUUUGGUGUCUAUAAUUGAUUCGCACGUACACGCAUCUUUAACAUGGCCCCUUUACGACACGAAGGCUGAAAGAAUAUAUAGAAAUGAACUAUCCAUUUUUAUUAGCGAUUAUAGUUCUAAAGGCUUAUUAACACAUGUGAUGACUUCAUAUUUAGUAAAUCCUGGUUGUUUUAAAGUAACAGUGCUCUUGUUCCAACUCUCACAGUUGGCGGUAAAUCGUUUACUCGUAUCAAAAAUUAUGAAAGAUAGUAAAAAUACUUUGUACAAUACUAUGACUGAUAAAUAUAAAUCUCAAGAAAAAGAAGGUAUUGUGGAAUGUAUUGAAAAAGAAACAAAAAUAAUGUUGAGUAAAUUUUCUAAUUAUUUGUGUAAGAGACAGAUCAUGGAAAAAUCAGCGGCAUUAUUUCGGAAGAGAAUAACUGAAAUGGAAAGUAAACUGCGCUCCUUGAACGCCCAGGGUUAUAUCAACAAUUUGGUUGACAACUUUAUAAAUAACAAUACACUUGAAGAAAACUUCAAGAGUGAUCUCUUAAAAAUUAAAAAUGUUAAUGAACAUCCAGCAUUCUUUGAUAAUUGGCUUUUGGAGACAGAUAAGAAAUUAGAUAAUAUUGAAGGCGAAUGGAAUACGAAAGUGUUACCAUUGUUGACAAGAUGCAAAUCCAUAGUACAGAACACAGAAGCAAUCAUUCAUCGACACACUGGUCAAGUACAAAAAAGUUCCUAUAUGAUAGAAUAUGACCCCAAAACAGAUUCAAUAUGUACGUCUGAAUUACAAGAUCAAGUGAACAGCCAACAAAAAUAUAUACUCAGGAAUCUAGAGAAGGACGGUGUACAGAAUUUUCCUAAUCUAAUCAGGGCAUUUCUCAUAUCAAUUUGUUUCAUUUUGAAAAAUAAUGAGAUUGCAGAUGAAAUUUAUAACUUUAAUAAAUAUUUAGAAGGAGGGGAAAAGAAUUUCAAAGAAGUUGUUAGUGCUUUAAAAGUAUUGAUAGAAAGAGUUUUAAAUGCCGAAGCUAAAUUACAGUCUGUACCCAUUGUAUAUGAUGAGAUAGUGUCAGUAAAAGAUUACCCAGAAAUACCUCCAAUGCCUGACUUGUCGGAGUUGAAGAUGAACAGGGAUCAAUACCAAGUCUUCUUUGAUACAUUUACUCCACUAAAUCUCUACAAACAUAAAUUCAAUUUACGAAAACGUACAAGCGGAAAUUUCCUUAAACCUCAACCAAAGUCAUUAAUUACACCAUUUUAUCAAGCUUCUAAAGAAGAUUUUAUGAAAAGUUUAAUAUCAUGUCGUGUAAGUUCCUAUGAUAUUGCGAAUACUACACACAAUAAUCACAAUAUGUCCGUCAUUUCAAAUAUAAAGGUCAAUGAGACAAUAUCGGAAUGUUCAUCUGGUUUUACAAAACAGCAGAUCAUUCGAUUGCUGUCUACAAAGAAAUCUAGUAGCUCGAAGAAAUUUAAAUACAAGCAAGAAAGACCGGAUAUUAAUAUUAAGAAAGGGGGAUUAUUUAAUGAAUCUGUUAACUCAAAUGAAAGUAAUGGUUUGUUUCGAAGUUAUUCGUCACCAAAUUUAUUUGAAAAUAGGGAGAAAAGAUCACUUAAUAACAUAAGAGGCAGAAAACUUUCAAUUAUGCAAGAGGACAGUCCAACGCAACUUGAUGUUUCUGGAAUCACUUGCUUAGAUCCUGAUAGUAAUUAUAAUACACCACAUGGUCUAGGUAACGCAGAGAGUUCUAGACAAGCGGAAAUGGCAAACUUUCCAAUUAUAUCUGUAACACAAGAUGCGGAAUUUAGAAUAAAUAAUGUUCUUAAUGAUGUCAAAGUUGAUUUGAGUAAAGAUUUAAUAAUUGACAGUACCGUAUCACCCAUAUUAGAUGUACCAAGGAAGAGUUUCGAAUUAGAAAUGCAGUCGUCAAAAACGGAAACACCGAAAACAAAUACCUCACUCAUUAAAAAGACAAGUUCGUUGGAGAAAAUAAUAAACAGGUUUAAAAAAGUUAGGGCUAAUGUUAUACCUCAGAGCUUAAAUGAUGUGAAAACAAUCGUCGAAGAAAAGGAAAAUGUAAAUUUUGAUGUUUACACUGCAAAUAGAGUUUUAUUGCCGGAUCUAUUGAGUCCCAGUUGCAGUACGCUAAGCGUUAGAUCGAAUGAUAAUUAUUUGGAUCAAUUAUGCUUUGAUAUGGAAGAAGUUGAUCGUAGGAAGCCUCGGGAAAGUUUAGGAACUGCGCUGGGCGUUGAUCAAACAUUUUUAGACCAAUUUGAAUUAAUAGACUGAUAUUUAUUGUGGUCACAUAGUUGUGAUUAUUUAGCAUUUAUCACCAUUUCCUAAGUGAAAGUAGUAAUGAUACAAUAUAAAAUUUUAUAUAAAUAAUUAAGUUUUUUUUUUAUUCAAUGCUAGUUUAAUGAGGCACUGACCAGUGUUUCUAAAAGGCCAUCCAUAAAAUUUGUACCUUGUGUCUCUCUAAGGAAGCAUCAUGUCUUCUAAUGCUUUAAUUAGAUUAAAUUCCAUAUUUCAAUAAUUUGUUUAUAUUUAUAGAGAUAAAUAAUAUUUUCUUCUAGUAUGUAUAUCAAUAAGAAUUUCUGUUGUAAUAUUUUCAUGUUCUAUUUUUAUGCUUCAUAGUAGAUAGUUUAUAGAUCAUAGUUAAUAACCACCGAGGAACUGAAGAUCAGAAUCCGAUAAAGCAACUUUGAAUAUACUCUGUAGUAAAAUAUAGUCGAUUGGUGUGGAGGUAUAAGCUCGGAAUACUUACAGAAAAAGCCUUUUGUUGCAGUCGUACAACUAUGGGCUGUUAAUUUACUUUUCAAGAAAGGUUAUUAAAUAGAAAAAGUUACUACAUAUUAUGGGUUCAAUUGUAAUAUUAGAACAUUUAUGAUUAAAUAUUUUCUUAUAACCGACAAUAAUUCAUAGUUUUAAUCAGUUACAUGUUAUGUUAUAUAAACGUGAGAGGCCUUAUUAU